AUGUUGUUACAAUCAAUCCGAGUAACAGUAGGUCUCUUACGCCCAGAAAGUGCUCAAGUUGUCGCAGCUGUUGGCAUUAAAUAUUUUCCACCACCAAAGAACUAUGACCAUAUUGAAAUUCCCGAGCGUCAAAGGCUACGUGUCUACGAUAAAGUGCCCAUGUAUCCCUCAAACUUAAAACCACCAAAGAUGCAGAAACGUCUUCGGUACAUGAGAGGUCCUGAGCCUUUACACACUACUCUACAAUUGAAACAAUAUGGUGUUAUUGCUACAGGAGGAGGUAGGAUGGCUCAUCAGCAUUUUGAGAUGGCACGUCUUGUUGUUGCACGGCAUUUGGACCAGAAGAGAAUGUUUGCAAUUUGGAGGGUAGACCCACCUUGGCAACCUGUUACAAAAAAGGGUCAAGGUCAACGUAUGGGCGGUGGUAAAGGAGCUAUUGAUCAUUAUGUUACUCCCAUUAAAGCUGGUCGGAUAAUUUUGGAAGUUGGUGGCAAGUGUGAUUAUGAGGAGGUUUUACCAAUGUUGAAAAUUGUCGCCGAGAGAUUACCGUUCAAAGCUGAGGCAAUUUCGCAAGAAACAUUAGAAAAGAAAGCAAGAGAUGAGAAAUGGGCGGAAGAAAAUAAUCAAAACUAUUAUACGAUGAAAUAUAUAAUACAAAAUAAUAUGGGCGGUUGUCACAAGAUGUUGUCGCCGUUUGACCAUCGUUGGUACGGAAAAUACCAUUAA